AUGUUAACGUCAUUUAUGUUAGCGAGCAACUACCGAACCAGGAACAUGUCCACCAAUAAUAUUCCCUAUCUGAAGCACCACGAUGGAACGCAGAUCCAAGCCAUAGGUCUCGGAACCUACUCGUCAUUAGGGGGCGAUUGUGAGAGGGCAGUUCUCCACGCCAUAGAUGUGGGCUACCGGCACAUAGAUUGCGCCUAUUUUUAUGGAAAUGAGAGCGAAGUGGGAGCAGCGGUGCGCCAGAAGAUCAAGGAAGGUGUCAUCAAGCGGGAAGAUAUUUUCAUCACAUCCAAGCUAUGGAAUCACUUUCAUGAACCGGAAAGAGUGGAGCACGCCUGUCGUAAGACCCUCGAGAACUUCGGUCUGGAGUAUGUGGAUCUAUACUUGAUUCACUGGCCGUUUUCUUAUGUUUACCGCGGCGACAAUGUUAUGACUCCCACCGAUGAGAAUGGUGAAGUGGAACUUAGUGAUGUGGAUAUCCUAGACACCUGGCGCGCCAUGGAAAAAUUGGUGGAGUUGGGUCUAACCAAAAGCAUUGGGGUAUCCAAUUUCAAUUCCGAUCAAUUGAGUCGCCUUUUGGCCAACUGCAAAAUCAAGCCAGUUCAAAAUCAGAUCGAGUGCAAUCCCGCUUUCAUACAAACGCAGCUCAUCGAACUCUGCAAGAAGAAUGAUAUUGUGGUGACUGGCUAUUGUCCACUGCGCAGAGGCAAUCCUGCCACAAGGACCCCCAAUUAUAUCUAUGAUGCCAAGGUGGAGGCCAUAGCUGAUAAAUACAGAAAGUCCACUGCCCAAGUGGUGCUGCGAUAUCUGUUUGAGCUUGGAGUUGUGCCUCUGCCCAAGUCAUCCAAUCCCCAGCGUAUCCAGGAUAACUUUAACAUCUUUGAUUUCAAACUGGACGAGCUGGACCAUGCUGUCCUGCAGACCUACAACACCGGAGAUCGUCUUAUCCUUGCCAAACAGGCCAUCAAAAGCAAGAACUAUCCCUUCAAUGUUAUCGUACCCUUCUGUUAAAAUAUUUUAAUUAGGAAAACGUGUUCUCGUUUUUAGUUUUUUUCCAUAGAAUAA